UUCCUCCUCCCACUGUGUGCGGCAAAGUUGGCCACUUAAACUCCUCUCCGGCAGCUAACAGGAGCUGUAAUCAAAACUAGCAGAACCUCACUAAUAUUUUCUCACAGUUGCUUCAGAGCACAUUUCAUGCUUUACUCGACUCAUUCUGCUGUUGGUUUUUGGUAUCCACUGUAAGAACUUUUUCUUCUGCACACGGGGCAUUGUGCUCUGGUGCGUAUCUAUGUGUUUGGAUUUCUUUUUAGAUUCUUUUGGACUUGUUACAGUUUCCACGGCACAAGCAACACUGGAGCUUUCUCUGUGAUUGAUUACUUUAAAUUGUUAGCGAGAGUUUAAAUUGUUUGGGAGUAGCUGGAAUGGCUACUUUCCCAGGAACAGUUCCUCGAAUGAUGCGGCCAGCACCAGGCCAGAACUACCCACGAACCGGAUUCCCAUUAGAAGUCUCGACGCCUCUUGGUCAAGGUCGAGUGAACCAGCUCGGUGGAGUUUUCAUCAACGGAAGGCCUCUGCCAAAUCAUAUUCGACACAAAAUAGUGGAAAUGGCCCAUCACGGCAUUCGACCCUGUGUGAUCUCCAGACAGCUGCGGGUCUCACACGGCUGCGUGUCCAAAAUCCUCUGUCGGUAUCAGGAGACCGGCUCCAUUCGUCCGGGGGCGAUCGGUGGAAGUAAACCGAGGCAAGUUGCAACACCCGAUGUUGAAAAGAGAAUCGAGGAAUACAAACGCGAGAAUCCAGGGAUGUUCAGCUGGGAAAUCCGGGAUAAAUUGCUGAAGGACGGGGUGUGUGACAGAGGCACGGCUCCUUCAGGUGAGGCCUCUUCCGUUAGCUCCAUUAGUCGGGUUUUGAGAACUCGUUUUGGCAAGAAAGAUGACGAUGACGAGUGUGAUAAAAAAGAUGAAGACGGAGAAAAGAAAACCAAGCACAGCAUCGAUGGGAUUCUCGGGGAUAAAGGUAACCGUACGGACGAUGGUUCGGAUGUGGAGUCAGAGCCCGACCUGCCCCUGAAAAGGAAACAGAGACGCAGCCGCACCACCUUCACGGCGGAGCAGCUGGAGGAGCUCGAGAAGGCCUUCGAGAGGACACACUACCCCGACAUCUACACUAGAGAGGAGCUCGCUCAAAGGACCAAACUGACCGAGGCUCGUGUACAGGUCUGGUUCAGCAACCGAAGAGCAAGGUGGCGCAAACAAGCGGGAGCAAAUCAGUUGGCAGCAUUCAACCACUUGUUGCCUGGAGGAUUUCCACCAACCGGCAUGCCAACCUUACCCACCUAUCAGCUUCCAGAGUCAACGUAUCCCACCACCACUCUCUCGCAAGAUGGUAGCAGUACUUUGCACCGGCCGCAGCCUCUGCCGACCUCCUCCAUGCACCAGGGCGGGCUCUCGGCUGACAGUAGCUCUGCCUACGGCCUCUCAUCCAACCGCCACACCUUCUCCAGCUAUUCGGAAACUUUUAUGAGCCCGUCAGCUUCAAGCAACCACAUGAAUCCCGUGAGCAAUGGCCUUUCACCACAGGUGAUGAGUAUUUUGAGUAACCCCAGUGCCGUCUCGUCCCAGACUCAGCACGAUUUCUCCAUCUCUCCUCUCCACGGCAGUCUGGAUGUGUCUAACCCCAUCUCAGCGAGCUGCAGCCAGCGUUCAGACCCCAUCAAGGGUGUGGACAGUCUGGCCUCCUCUCAGUCCUACUGUCCCCCCACAUACAGCGCCACCAGCUACAGCGUGGACCCCGUCACUGCUGGAUACCAGUACAGCCAGUACGGCCAGACUGCUGUGGACUAUCUGGCCAAGAACGUGAGUCUGUCGACUCAGAGAAGGAUGAAGCUGGGCGAUCAUUCGGCGGUGCUGGGACUUCUGCAGGUGGAGACGGGACAGGCUUACUGAGUUUGACCACUACAAACACCCCUUCACAUGCUCUCAGAUGCACAACCAGCUGGAGCUCUUUGCUGCAUCUUCUCUGAUUUUCAAGAAACUCUUGCCAUUCCAUCUGACGUGACCUUCUCAUGAUUGUGGGCUCUAACAUGGACAAGAGGACCAUGCAACAGAUACAGGCACGUCGUCGGAUGCCCCGUACUGCAAAAAUGCAUUCCGAGCCAUUUCCAAAAUGUCCUUUCUCCUCGCUGUGUAUAAUCGUGUAUGAAUCUCAGUGUAAUUACAACGGAUAAUCUCGCUUGUUUUCUAUCUAUAUUGUUAUUACCAUUGCCCUUACAGUUGUUGUAAUUCUGAUUAUCAUAACUAUUAUUUAGUUUCGAUGUUUCAAGAUCCACACGUAGCAUUUUUUACAAAUUCAAACCUGAGGUUUUUUACGUGAAAUGCUAGCAGUGAGCUAAAGUGGUGGAUCGAGUGUGUGUGUUGAAAGUGUGACUGCUGGUUUUUCACUUUCAAGCCGUAACGUUCCUGAGCGAUUUGACCUUCUCUGCCUUCAUAUUUCACUUGAUAUUCCAUGCAAACUUGGCCAAUCUGUGGAAAGUCUGGCUUUCUGCUGGGAAUUAGUGUUUUUAGAGGACCAGUGAUUUCUCCCUCACUCAGAUGCCUGUUUUGGCCUCAGCGAUCAUCUGGGGGAAAGAAAACGGCAUUGUUUUCGAUAGAGGAUUUAGAAAGUUAUGAAUUUUAUUCUUUAAUUUUCUAGAGAGAAGCAACACUUUGCCCUCAAACUAGAAGACAAAACAUUUAAAGUUUCAAACAUUCAUAUUAUGUUAUUGAGUUAGGAAAUGCAAACAUUUUUACCAUUCCAUAUAAAUAAUACAGUUUACUUGUAUUAACUAAGUGCACGUGAAUUUUAGACCAAGUACAAAAGUGUUUAAAGGUUUGGGGUCAGUAUGAUUUUUUAAAU